CACCUUCACUCCCAACACUGAGAAGAAAUAGAAGAAGAGGGCAGCAUCCAUCAGACUUCUUUCUCCAACAAAGGAGAUGGCGGGCCUCUGCUGGAUGGCUGUGACACUCGCCUUCAUCCUGUUUACUGAAAACAGUUUUGCUGCCGUGGACCAGAACAGGCUUGCAAGUAUUGUAAAUGGCAUCUCGAAAGCGUACAGAACACAAGGCAUGUUCAGUCUGGCUGUAAGAAUUCCAGACGACCAGAAUCGGAAAAUCUACGAUAUCCUGCAGCAAGUCUUUCAAAGUGAUCCUGUUAAAGACGUGGCAAAACAGCUUGACGAGAACAAGGUGUACGUCGGCAGCAGGGUGGUUGCAGCCAGACCUCUGCCUCGGGACACAGGAGGAGCUGAUCAUGCAGAGUCACGUGUUGCUGACCACUUGGACGACUUGUUCAACCGUCGCGAUGAGAAUGACUUGUUGCUUUUCUAUGUUUAUGCCUCCCCAUGUGUUGAAAAAUGUACACGUAACUCACAUAAUGAGAGUAUCCUCGGAAGGAUAAAUCAAAUUCAGCAAUGGAAGAGUCACGCUUUUGUGUUUUCUAAAAUCUUCAAGCCCCGCAAUCGUCCGGGCAAUACAGUGGAAGAGCUUAGUGGAGCCCUUUGGCGACUCGGGACUGUAGUUGGUCUUGACAACAUAUUCCGUUGUGACAAACAAAAUGGUUGGAUGCAUUGCAUCAGCUGCUCUAGUAAUAAUAGAGUUACACAGGCUUGUGUUUCAGAUACAAAUACACAACCUCAGCAAGGUCAGGUUGGCAGUGGAAUAGGAGGUGGCAGGGGCAGAGGUAGGGGUCGCAGAAUCAAUAGAGACACCAAUCAAAAUAAUGGCAAUGAUGUGAAUACAGAUGAAGAUGACUCUUCCUCACAAGGUGGUCUUGAUAAUGUUAAUGGAACCGAUGUAAAUACAGAUGAAGAUGAUUCUUCCUCACAAGGUGGUCUUGAUAAUGUUAAUGGAACCGAUGUAAAUACAGAUGAAGAUGAUUCUUCCUCACAAGGUGGUCUUGAUAAUGUUAAUGGAACCGAUGUAAAUACAGAUGAAGAUGAGUCUUCCUCACAAGGUGGUCUUGAUAAUGGUAAUGGACAUGGUGUGAAUACAGAUGAAGGUAUGCCUUCAUUACAAGGUGGUCUUGAUAAUGGUUUUGGAAAUGGUGUGAAUACAGAUGAAGGUAUGCCUGCCAUACAAGGUGGUCUUGAUAAUGGUUUUGGAAAUGGUGUGAAUACAGAUGAAGGUAUGCCUCCCAUACAAGGUGGUCUUGAUAAUGGUUUUGGAAAUGGUGUGAAUACAGAUGAAGGUAUGCCUGCCAUACAAGGUGGUCUUGAUAAUGGUAAUGGAAAUUAUGAUUCCAAUAUUGGUGAAAGUGUCUCCCCAUCACUAGAGGGUCCUGAUUAUGGUGGACAAAAAGGCAGGGAAGGAAAAGGUAGAGGAAUGAGCAGACGCAGAGGACGAAAAGGCGGAGUAGGGAGGAGACGCAAAGGACGAAAAGGAAGAGUAGGGGGGAGACGCAAAGGACGAAAAGGCAGAGUAGGGAGGAGGGGCAAAGGACGAAAAGGUAGAGGAAUGAGCAGACGCAAAGGACGAAAAGGCAGAGUAGGGAGGAGACGCAAAGGACGAAAAGGAAGAGUAGGGGGGAGACGCAAAGGACGAAAAGGCAGAGUAGGGAGGAGGGGCAAAGGACGAAAAGGUAGAGGAAUGAGCAGACGCAAAGGACGAAAAGGCAGAGUAGGGAGGAGACGCAAAGGACGAAAAGGAAGAGUAGGGGGGAGACGCAAAGGACGAAAAGGCAGAGUAGGGAGGAGGCGUAAAGGACGAAAAGGUAGAGGAAUGAGCAGACGCAAAGGACGAAAAGGCAGAGUAGGGAGGAGACGCAAAGGACAAAAAAACAGAGUAGGGAGGAGACGAAAAGGAAGAAAAGGAAGAGUAGGGAGCAGACGCAAAGGACGAAAAGGCAGAGUAGGGAGGACACCCAAAGGACGAAAAGGAAGAGUAGGGAAGAGACGCAAAGGACGACAAGGUAGAGGAAUGAGCAGGGGAUGGGGUAAAAGAGGUGGCAGUCGUAGAAGAGGUGGAAUUCGUAGAGGAGGUGGCAGACGUAGAGGAGGUAGCAAACAUAGAAGUGGUGGAAUUCGUAGGGGAGGUGGCAGACGUAGAGGAGGUGGGAGACGUAGAAGGGGCCGCAGAGGAUAGUUAAGUUUGGGUAAAGCUAUGAUUCAGGUGAAACAGGUUAGUUAGAAUCUGAAAAAGAAGCCCCACAGAUCCACCCUGACUGAGACAUACUCCUUUUGCUUGGACAAAGUGUGUACAGCCAUGCUAGCAGCUUAAUGCAAUAACCACCAUUUCACCAUGCUAGCUGUAAUUAGUGAUUAGUAAUUAGUUUUUCAGGUAUUUGGUCCUAAAAUAUUGGAUAAACAUCAACCUCUGGGCACCAAGAAUGUCAAACAUUUACUGCUGAUAUAUUCAAUAGUUUUUGAGACAUUUCAUUCUAAACUGAAUGGUGCAUUAAACAAGCGAUCAACAGAUUGAUAGCAUGGCUAAAAAUGCUAAACUAAUAAUAUAGCUAAUAACAAACUAAAAAAUAUAACAAGCAUAUUUCUCAAGCACUUCUUCAUGUUGAUACAAUGAAUUUCAACUAAAGCCAAAUUGUAAAAAAAAAUCAGUAAUAGUAUUGACAAUGUUAGCAAAUCAAUACAAACAAGAAAAACAAAUUUUAUUUUUAAAACCUUUUUCCAUUUCAUUUGAAACUCUGAAUUUUUAAAUUUUAAUUAUAUAGUGUUUUUAUAAUUGAUGAUCAUGUAGUGGACCUCUAUCCAUUCCCAAGGCCGGUUUUUCAUGUUAAUCUGCAUUUGUUGUGUUUAUGAUUCAUUUAUAGUCAGAUUUUUGAAUUUCAACCUGAAAAAUAAGAAAUAAAUGUGUUUCUUGUCCUCAGUAUUUACAGUACUCAUGUCAUUGUACUCCAUGUUUCUGUAAAGCAUUACACAAAUCUCUAGAUUUUCUGUUGUUUUGUUCUGAUUAAAGCUUGGCUCAGCAUCA